ACCACGGGGUUCCAAACCGAAACAGGAAGUGGGCUAGGAUCCCUUGAAACCGGCAUCAACCGCUAUCUUCUGCGCGUCCGAGCGACCCACGACCCGCGAUUCGCGGGUGCCCGACCCCUGUCCUGAGUGUUACCGGCCCCUCCCCUUCCUCCCACCCGGUGAACUGGAGAGAUCAUGUCGAACAUGGAGAAACACUUAUUUAACUUGAAGUUUGCUGCAAAAGAACUGAAUAGGAAUGCCAAGAAGUGUGAUAAAGAAGAAAAAGCUGAAAAGGCCAAGAUAAAAAAGGCCAUUCAGAAGGGCAAUACAGAAGUUGCCAGAAUACAUGCUGAAAAUGCAAUCCGUCAGAAAAACCAGGCAAUCAAUUUCUUGAGAAUGAGUGCUAGGGUUGAUGCUGUGGCAGCCAGAGUUCAAACUGCUGUAACAAUGGGCAAGGUGACAAAAUCCAUGGCAGGUGUAGUUAAAUCUAUGGAUGCUACACUGAGGAGUAUGAACCUGGAGAAGAUUUCUGCCUUGAUGGACAAAUUCGAACAUCAGUUUGAAACAUUGGAUGUUCAGACCCAGCAAAUGGAAGAUACAAUGAGUAGCACUACUACCCUCACAACGCCACAGAACCAAGUGGAUAUGCUGCUUCAGGAAAUGGCAGAUGAAGCUGGGUAAGAUGUUGCUAUUCAAGUCUUUUUGUUAAAGUCUUGAUUUGAUAUUUAGAGGUUCUAAAUGUUGAUAAUAGGAGUUAGGGUGGUGCUGAGUUUCUACAUAGUAUAUGUGAGGCCCUGGACUGAAGAAGCAUAAGCAUUCCUAAAAAUUUGCUAUGGAUUGAAAAAUUUGUCUUUAAACCCAUUUGUUCAACUUAGAGUUUUGAUUUUUAUAGAGGUAGUGUUUCAAGGGCUUUUAAUAGUUACCCCUUUUCUAGCCAUUCAUAUACACACAAAUGUGUUUUCAAACCAUAAUGACAUCAUCUCCAGCAAGUCUCUUGAGAUAGAUCUAUUCAGAGUGUGAUGGCAUCAAUGGGAAGGGAAGCCCUUAGUCCUGUGAAGGCUUGAUGUCCCAGUG